AUGGACCCAGACAACUGUGAUUCAGAACCAAAAGCCUCCACUUCGAGCACAUCCCCAACCGCCUCUUCAGCGUCCUCGUCAUCCUCCUCUACCACCUCCACCCCAGAAGCGACACAGCCUCAGCAACCUGGAUCAACUGACAAGCAAAGUCAGAAUGGUGGCCAAGACACACUCACCGUCAACCCUGCGCCAUUGGUUCGUUCAGGCUCCCAAUCCAACCGCCAGAGCAUUUUUGUAGGCGAACACAUUACCAUCUCGCAAGAUGGUCCCAUUAUCGAGGCCCCGUCUUCCCACUCUCCCGGUUCCAAUGACGAUCAGGAAGACAUGAAGGAGGUUCAGAUCGAAACGGCGGACCCUUCGCAUUUGUUUUGGGUUCCCUUUCACCUCCAUCCUGAGAUUGCCCCGAACGAGUACAACAGAUGGCUCUCAAAGCACGGAGUCGACUCAGAGUCCGCGGACGGAAUGGUCUCAUCGAGAAGCCCUUCUAUCACCCGGCGAAAGUCUGUUUUGUCUGCCCAGUACAACCCGGACGAGGAUACUGACGAUCGACCCAGCAAACCGCCAAAGAUCGAGGAGGAAGAGCCCGAAGGUGAAGACUUUUUGUCAGGAGUGUUCUCGGCACCCUUGGAGCAAAUGGGCGAGCCACCAUUACGGACAAAGACAUCCCUGAGACGCAGUGUCAGUCUUUCAGCGUCGUCUCCAACAAGGAGCAACUUCCCAUCGGACGCCGUUGAAGAGGACUUGAUAACAGUCAAGCGACCAGGAGGACUGGAGCGGAGCGCCCUUUCGUUGCUGCGAAGGAGUGCCAGGACAAAGAUUCGUAGGAACUCAACAGCCUCCAACGACACCAGGCAUGACGUCUCAAGAUUGCGCCAGACCGUCAAUGCCAACGGCGAAUAUCCGGCAGUCUCUCUGGUCGACCCUGGCCCAUUGCCUCGUCCAUCUGAUUCCCAGGAUUCCACCACCACCCCUACUCCCGUUACACCUCAGGAGGAGCUCCCUAAACCCACCAAGGAUACAGAGACUCAGCCGUUGAAGCGCUUCGUGUCUACACUACGAGACUCGUCCAAACCUACUAUCACCACAUAUGUCGAGCCUCACCUUUUGGAACAGCAACGCAGGGAUCAAGAGGCAAGUGGAGAAUUGAAUGAUGGAGAGGAAACACCCUCGUUCCGAAUCAGCGCGCCCGGAAAGCUCGAAAACACGGUGAUGGCACAGUUGGCGGAGACAUUGGAAAAGUCUCGCAAGGAGAAGCUGGACAGCUUCACUAUCAACUAUCCCAUUCCGCCUCCCGUCAAACUGGCCCACAACCUUCUCCAACAACCAUCUUCUCAAGACCCUUCGGCACCGAACAAGCCUUCAAGGCCACAGCAGCAAUACGACCUUCCAGGAAAGAACAAGCAGCCUGGUCAAGGAGCGGCUGGCAUUCACACACAUCAGAAAAAGCCGUCGUCAUGGUCUUGGCUCUGGGGCAAGGAAAAGGGCGAGAAGGGCGCAGACGGAUCGACUCUUGGAGGAGCGGGCUCUUCUCCUGGAGGAAUGAAAUCUGCCGCGGCGACUCCAUCCCAGACUUCCAGCAUUGAAGCCAAUACCCCGACUACCUCUUCGGCCGAGACGACCGUCAAGAAGCCAUCGACACUUUCAUUGCUGUUUUCCCGGAAUAACAAGUCGACUUCGGCUAAGGCCCAGGCGACAACAGCAGAGACCACGCACUCUAUCAGCAUGAACGGCCAGUCAUUGACGUCGGACAGGCCAAAGUACAGCAAUUACAACCGACUCCCCAUCCACAUCGAGCGAGCCAUCUACCGUCUAUCACACGUCAAGCUGGCCAACCCUAGACGACCCCUUCACGAGCAGGUCUUGAUCUCUAACAUGAUGUUUUGGUACUUGGGCGUCAUUCAGCAGCAACAGCUUCAGCAGCAGGCCGAUCUCCAGCAACAACAAGCCAAGGAUUCGACCAAGGGUGGCGAGUCAAAAGAGGAAAAGGAAGGAAAGAAGCCCAAGAAGAAGAAGAGUCAGAAGAAGAAGAAGAACCAGCAGCGAGGAUCGGGCAAGUCGGCUGAGCGAGUUGUCAAGGGGCCUGAGUAUGAGAAGCAGCAACAACAAAACUUGCAAGUCCAACAUUCACCCCGGCCUCGCCAGCAAGGAUCCAGUAUGCCACCUGGAGGCCCUGCUCAUCAACAACAACUACAGCAGCAGCAGCAAUACGGACGGUCACAGCAGAACGGCCAGGGAGGACACGAUGAAGAGAGCAGGGCAAGCGGGACGGACUAUUCAGACUCGUAUGAGGAAUCGGAUGGGGACGACUACACGUCACAGGCAGGACAAGAGUCGAUAGGAUCUCAAUCCGAUACGCUGAUGGCGCUGUCGAUCCAGUCUGCACGGAUGGCAACUGAGGAGGAGGACGAAGACGACGAUGUCCCACUGGCACACUACCAGAACACGCCAUCGCGCCAAGGCGUCCCUGUCUCCUAA